UUUACAUUCCAGGGCUGGAUGGGGUUGAGGUGGUUUGUUUCUCUUUAAUGUGGGUUUUUUCUUGACAAGUUUGGAGUGAGUUUUUGGUUUUUUGGUCAUGGCUCGGCGUCAUGGAUGGCAACUACCAGCUCACACAUUUCAGGUUGUGGCUAUAACAGUUUUUUUCUUGCUAUUUGUCGCAUAUUAUGCCUUUUUUGCCCCGUUUCUCGGAAAGGAAAUAUACGAAUAUGUGGCUGUUGGUGUUUAUUCUGUCUUGGCGCUGUCUGUGUUCAUUCUCUAUGUUCGAUGCACAGCUAUUGACCCUACUGAUCCUGGAAUUCUGCUUGAAGCUGACAAGACGUCUGCCUGUAAAUCACCUAAUGACUCAAAUCUACAUGGGAAUGCUACAUCUCUUGAAGAACCCAGCAAGAUAGAAUUGAAGUAUGGAGGAAAAUAUGAUAGGCAAGGUCCGAGUUGUUGUUCGAAAUUUGGACACUUCUUUUGUGGUUUUCUUGUAAAAGAAGAUUGCCGCAGCGAUGAUCCUCUACAACAACAAUCUGGAGACGAUGAUGCUUUAUUCUGCACAUUGUGUAAUGUGGAGGUACGCAAGUUCAGCAAACAUUGUAGAAGUUGUGACAAAUGUGUUGAUGGAUUUGACCAUCAUUGUCGGUGGUUGAAUAACUGUGUGGGGAGAAAAAAUUAUAUGACAUUUGUGUGCCUCAUGGCAGUGAGUCUCGUUUGGCUUAUUGUUGAAUGUGGGGUUGGCAUUGUUGUUCUUGUCCGAUGCUUUGUUGAUAAAAAGGGCACAGAGAAUCACAUUGCUGAUAAACUUGGAGUUGGAUUCUCUAGGGCCCCCUUUGCUACAAUGGUGGCCUUGUGCAUAGCUGUUUCUUUUCUGGCCACUGUGCCUUUGGGAGAACUUUUAUUUUUCCACAUCAUUCUGAUUCGAAAGGGUAUUACAACAUACGAGUAUGUUGUUGCCAUGAGAACACAAAGCGAACCGCUUGGUCCUUCUCUAGAAGGUGGUGAUCAACAAAGUCAGGCAUCAUCACCAACUAGUUCUACUGUUACUGCCUUAAGUGGAAAAAGCUCUCUUGGAAUUGGCUUGCAAUAUAAAGGUGCCUGGUGUACCCCUCAAAGAAUCUUCAUGGACCACCAAGAUGAAAUUAUACCUCAUUUGGAGCCAGGACGCCUACCAUCCACAGUGGAUCCAGAUGUAGUUCAGCUGUCUGACAUGGGGAAAAAGUUGCCCCAGCGUCCAAUCCGAAUCAAUGCGUGGAAACUUGCUAAAUUGGAUUCUAAUGAGGCAAUUAAAGCAGCUGCAAAAGCUAGAGCAUCAUCAUCUGUGCUUCGCCCAGUUAGUUCUCGAUUUCAUCCAUAUGAUGCUGAUCAUUUGUCCAGUAGUACUGUGAGUGGAAGAACCAGUCCAAUUAGCACUGAUCAAGGGUUUCAUAGUAGAAAUGCUAGAGCUGGGGCAUUGAGGUUAUCUCCUCCUAAGAGCUCAUAUCCACCUAGUCGUGCCAGCAAGGAAGAUAUUGAAACAUGCAAUCAAAGUAUUAGCAACCUUAGCAGUCCUCAACUCUCCAACAUCACGUCUUCGCUGUUGGAGCAGCAAACUGUACACGGAGAUCACUUCAAUCCUAUUUAUCAAUCAUCAGCAGAUCAAUCUCCUUGCUCGACAAAACAAAGUGAGCAUAACGAAAAUGCAGUUCGUGAGAAUGUAGCACAAAUCCCUUUGAGAAAUAACAACUUGGGUCUUUUAGAAAACUCAAGAUCAUCAGUCUUCUGGGAUCAAGAAGCGGGCCGUUUUGUUUCCUCAUCUUCCAGAGGUAUUGGAACAGAGCUGUCGUACACAGGUCAAUCCAUUUUCUUUGGCGGUCGUGUUGUGAAUGAACAGCCGAUCAGAGGGACAAGAAAUUUGAGCUCAGUGGCUGCUGGCCUGGAUAGAGGUUCUACAUCGAGUUAUUAUUAGCAGAGAUCACAGAGGGGCGGCCAGCUUCCUGUAUUUGUUCCGAGUGAUUCCCGUCAAAAUCAGUUCUCUUCCAAAUUGCCAUGAGGAAGCCACGAAUUUCUUUUACCCCGAUAUAUAGAUGUAGAAACUGUUUUAUUUAUUUUUUUGGUAGUUUUUAUUUUUCAAACUUGAUUUUGAUUUUACCAUUUUGUGCAGCUCUUGGAUUCCUAUGCCUUGUUCACUGAUUCAUUCUGAGGUUUAACUUGUGAGGGUUUUA